UGGAAAUGUCACGAUUCUAAGACCAUAAUCGAGUAUAAAAUCAGCCCCUAAACCUUAAACAGAGAAUUUGACUUUCUAUUUUUCUAACUUAAAUUACAAUUUCCCGUGAAACUAAAAACCUCUGCCAAAAUGGAUACAAAUAUAAUUCAAUUUUUCCUACUUUUCCUGGCCAAUUUUGACCAUGUGUUGACCCAUGGAUGCCACCUGGUGACUUCCAACAAACCAAUAUCCUGCAUGGACCUCCACGCCACGCCCUUCAUCACCAGCGCCACCUCCACUUUUGGCCGCUUCAUUGAAGGCACAUCCACAAAUCGAAGGGGACACAUGUUCGCCGUCAAUUAUGGAAAUAGUUCCACCCUGAAUACAUAUGGACAAUUCUUCCCACAAAUCCGCCCUUUUUAUCUCGACCCUCGGACAAAUUCACAACUUCACGGGAUGCGAUUUCUCAACGAUAAAACUGCCCUUGUCAUUGAUUCUGCCAACCAUCGCGUCCUGAAAUUGAGUCUGACCGAAAACCAGAAUGAUUUCCCAAUCGUGCUAAACUCCACCGUUUUCUGUGCUCCCACCAAACCAGAAGCUAUGAUGGAGCCGAACGACCUGACCCUUUCGCGGAGUGGCACUGUUUUCACUUCCGGUAUGAUGUUCACCACUUUUCCCCACAACAGGGAAGGAGAUGUUUGGAGUUGUUUGAAAAAUGGGGAGGCAAAACGACUGGAAUUAAUCGGCCGCACGAACGGGAUCGACCUCUCUUUCGACGAAACACGUCUCUACAUCUCCGAAGGAACGCCAUCCGGUCAACAAAUCUGGGUUUACGAGGUGGACGUCAAAACCGGCACUGUUUCCGGAAAACGGCCCUUCGCAUUUUUCGAGUACCCUGCCGACUCCGCCCAAUCCAUCGUGAUUGACGGGAUGCGGACGGAUGUGCACGAAAAUUUAUGGGUGACGAGAUACGGUGGAGGCGAAGUCGUCGUUUUUAACCAACACGGAAAACUCACUGGUCGUGUCCGGGUAUCAUUUCCAAAUCCAACUAAUAUGGAAUUUGGUGGAGAAAACGGCACGACCUUAUUCAUCGUUGGACAAUGCGAGGGGGCUGAUGCAGGAUGUGUGGAUAGUCUGCAAGUCGCAACGCCGGGGAGAUCUUGGACAAAUUUACAGUAAAUCCCCAGAAGGCAUAUUCAAUAAUCUGAAAUUAUUUUCCAAUUUUCAAAGAGUGAAAAAUUGGGAAUUUGAUUAUCACAAUAAAGACUUGCACAGUUUCCGUGUAAUUCCAUUAACUAAAAA